UGGACCAAUCAGAGGGCAGCAGCAGCAGAGGCGGGUCAUCAGAGGCUCAGCAGCGGCUGCGUGUUACUCUCCUCCACGCCUCAACGACGGACGCACACAAACUUGCCUCCGGCUCAUUUAUUUCCCUCAAAACCAACUCUACCCUUCUCUACCAAUUGGACUGAGCAGCCCUCAUCAUGUCUAAAGGCACAGUGGUUCUUGCCUACAGCGGUGGACUGGACACAUCCUGUAUUCUGGUUUGGCUGAAGGAACAGGGCUACGAUGUAAUUGCGUUCUUGGCCAACAUUGGUCAGGAUGAAGAUUUUGAAGCUGCCCGGAAAAAGGCAGAAAGCCUUGGUGCAAAGAAGGUUUUCAUUGAAGACCUGCGUGCAGAGUUUGUGGCGGACUUCAUUUGGCCUGCAGUUCAGGCAAAUGCCAUCUAUGAGGACCGAUACCUGCUGGGCACAUCUGUAGCACGGCCCUGCAUCGCCCGCCGACAGGUCGAGAUUGCACGCAAGGAGGGUGCAAAUUUUGUCUCCCAUGGUGCCACAGGAAAGGGAAAUGACCAGAUCCGUUUUGAGCUCACAUGCUAUGCCCUCUACCCUGAAGUUAAGAUCAUUGCACCGUGGAGGGUCCCUGAAUUCUACAACCGUUUCCGGGGAAGGAAAGACCUGAUGGAAUAUGCUGAGAAACAUGGCAUCCCUGUGCCUGUCACUCCUCGGGCCCCCUGGAGCAUGGACGCCAACCUCAUGCAUAUAAGCUAUGAGUCUGGCAUCUUGGAGAAUCCUAAGAGCCAUGCUCCGGUUGACCUGUACCUGAUGACCAAAAACCCAGAAGAUUCUCCCAACACUCCGGAUGUACUGGAGAUAGAGUUCAGAAACGGAGUGCCUAUCAGGGUGUCCAAUAAGAAGGACAGCACAUCUGAGGAAUCACCUCUGGGUAUCUUCUCAUACCUCAAUACAGUUGGUGGAAAGCACGGCGUUGGUCGGAUUGACAUCGUAGAGAACCGCUUCAUUGGCAUGAAGUCCCGAGGGAUAUAUGAAACUCCAGGAGGCACAAUUCUGUUGCAGGCCCAUUUAGACAUUGAGACCUUUACCAUGGACAAAGAGGUCCGUCGGAUCAAACAGGGACUGGGUAUCAAGUUCUCUGAACUCGUCUACAACGGUUUCUGGUACAGUCCGGAGUGUGAUUUUGUGCGACACUGCAUAAGCAAAUCCCAGGAGAACGUGGAGGGCAAAGUAAUGCUGUCUGUCUUCAAGGGUCAGGUCUACAUCCUUGGACGAGAGUCACCCAAGUCCCUCUACAACGAAGAGUUGGUCAGCAUGGAUGUGCAGGGAGACUACGACCCAUGCGAUGCCUCUGGAUUCAUCAGGAUUAAUGCUGUCAGGUUAAGGGAACACCAUCGUUUGCAGGGUCUCGCCAGCACCACCAAGAAAUAACUGCUGCAGUCCCGUGAACCAUCUUUCUCCUCCAGUUUAAGCAGUAUAGGUCUAGACUUUGUGCCUCCGUUGUAAACCUUUUUCCUUACUGUCUGCCGUUAGUUAUGUUAGGAUCUGGUUAUCUAAAACACAAACCAAACUGUACUGUAGUAUAUACUGUAAAAGGAUUUCUUAGAUGGUGAAGGUGAAUUUCUUUGGAGGAAGAAUAAUCUAGAAAAUGUAAUGUACUCAUGAUAGGAAAACAAUUUGAAUCCGGUGUAGAUUAAUGUUAAUUAUAAUUUAGGCAAUUGGUAAUGUGUUUCAUAAUAUUUUAUUUCUUGAAUGUGCCUCAUUGUUGGUGUAUGUCAGUACAUGAGCAAACAAGUUCCUUGUUUCAGAAAUAAAACCAAGUGAAUAGUG